UGACCGACUUUCUCUCUCUAAAAAAAAUGUCUCGAUUGCUCUCCAAAACCCUAAUUCCCCACGGAAGAUUCUUCCUCCGUCGUUUCAACGAGCCAACGAUUACGACGAAGACAACCCCACCAAACCUCGUCUGUUUCAGCCGCCGCUUUUCAUCAACCCCACAAGUCAUCGAGCUUGAAAUCGAUUCUAAAACCGAAGCCGAAGCAGCGAUUCUCAAGAAGCUUAACGAAUUCGUACGAAGGAUCAUCGUUCAUAAUUCGACUCCAGAUUGGCUUCCUUUUGCACCUGGCUCUUCCUUUUGGGUACCUCCUCAUCAGAUUACGGCUACGAAGAUCGCUAAUUUGGUCGACAAGGUGACUAAUCCGUUGACGGAGGAAGAAUCUCUUUCUCUUUCGUCUCCUUAUGGUUGGCCUUGUUCCUCUUUCUUCAUUCCUCCUCCAGAUGAUUCAACAUCUACACAAGAGGUAGAAGGUAGCGUGGAGUUGAAAAUCCCGGGGAAUGAGAUGCUGGAAAUCAAGCUAGCACAUUAUCCGGAUCCUAUUUACUCUUUUAAACCUGAAGACGGUGAGGAGUGACUCGAUACCUUUCCAGCACGAGAGAGCAGGACAAGCUUGGAAAAACAGAUGAUGAUCGAUGAUACUCAAGCAGUUUGUACAUACAGUUGAAAACCAUGGAGUUAUAUGAUCUUUGGGUGAUUUUAUACCUUGUUUACUAUGUUUUAUAAUUGACUUAAUAUAAUUAGCUUGGGGGC